AUGAAGAAAUACCCACAAGAAAAGUUGGCGCUAAGAAAAGGAAAGAAAGGCAGUUCAGGCAUACAAGGACCUUCAUGUUCGUUUGUCUAUGAUACUCCCAUAAAUCAAAGUAAUCGAUGUUUGGAGAAAACUAUCGCUUCAAGUCAAGAAAUAUCUUUUGUAAAUCAACAAGAGUCAAGGUUAGAAAGAAAAAUAAAUUCCGUAUUACAACAGAUGUCCAAAAUGAAUGAAGAUAUUCAAAAAAUGAAAAAAGAUAUUCAAAAAAUGAAAGAAGAUAUUCAAAAAAGGAAUGAAGAUAUUCAAUUAAUAUUUGAUUUAUUAAAAAGUAGUAAUGUGACACUUGAUAAAAAAAUAAUUAAAUUGUCUUACCUUCCCAUUGAUACAAUGGAGAAGUUAUAUGAAGUUAAUAAUAAUGUGCAGAACAAUGUGGAGUUUGCUAAUUUGGUGGAUCAUUUAUGCACACUUGGUGGACAGAAUGUAAAAGAUUGUGUGCAUCGAAUGAUGAAAGCAUUGAUGACGCACCAAGUCAGCCUCAACAUUACAUGGAUGGGCCAGAAAAAAGAAAAGGAGGGCUGGUCAAGACUUCUACUUCGAGAUGCCCUGAUUAAUGCCAUACAAAAAAAUCCAAGGACUGGGCAUGCCACAGAGGCAGAUUGUGAUGUUGAGGUGAAAAAAUGGCUUCGGAAUGCACCGGACAGAUAUGGUGGAAGAGCCAAAAGGGAACAAGCCAAAAGCAGCACAUAG